AAUGCCAGCUAAUGAAAACAGAGCGACCGAAGCCAAAUACAUUUAUUAUUAGAUGUCUUCAGUGGACAACUGUCAUAGAGAGGACAUUUCAUGUAGACACUCCAGAGGAACGGGAAGAAUGGACAGAAGCCAUCCAAGCUGUAGCAGACAGGCUUCAGAGGCAAGAAGAGGAGAGAAUGAACUGUAGUCCAACAUCACAGAUAGACAAUAUAGGAGAGGAGGAGAUGGAUGCUUCCACAACCCAUCAUAAAAGAAAGGUGACAAUGAAUGAUUUUGACUAUUUAAAACUACUGGGGAAAGGCACUUUUGGCAAAGUUAUUUUGGUCCGAGAGAAGGCAAGUGGAAAAUAUUAUGCGAUGAAGAUUUUGAAAAAAGAAGUUAUUAUUGCAAAGGAUGAAGUGGCUCACACUCUUACAGAAAGCAGAGUAUUAAAAAAUACUAGACACCCUUUUUUAACGUCUUUGAAAUAUUCCUUCCAGACAAAGGAUCGUUUGUGUUUUGUGAUGGAGUAUGUUAAUGGGGGAGAGCUGUUUUUCCAUUUGUCGAGAGAGCGGGUGUUCUCUGAGGACCGCACACGCUUCUAUGGUGCAGAAAUUGUCUCUGCUUUGGACUAUCUGCAUUCCGGGAAGAUUGUGUACCGUGAUCUCAAGUUAGAAAAUCUAAUGUUGGAUAAAGAUGGCCACAUAAAAAUUACAGAUUUUGGACUUUGCAAAGAAGGAAUCACAGAUGCAGCUACUAUGAAAACAUUCUGUGGUACACCAGAAUACCUAGCUCCUGAGGUAUUAGAAGACAAUGACUAUGGUCGUGCAGUGGACUGGUGGGGCCUGGGAGUUGUCAUGUAUGAAAUGAUGUGUGGGAGAUUACCAUUCUACAACCAGGAUCAUGAGAAACUGUUUGAACUAAUACUAAUGGAGGACAUAAAAUUCCCUCGAACUCUCUCGUCAGAUGCAAAGUCAUUACUUUCGGGUCUCCUGAUAAAAGAUCCAAAUAAACGCCUUGGUGGAGGCCCAGAUGACGCAAAAGAAAUUAUGCGACAUAGUUUUUUUGUUGGAGUAAACUGGCAAGAUGUAUAUGAUAAAAAGCUUAUACCUCCUUUUAAACCUCAAGUGACAUCUGAGACAGACACCAGAUAUUUUGAUGAAGAAUUUACAGCUCAGACGAUUACAAUAACUCCACCUGAAAAAUAUGAUGAGGAUGGUAUGGACUGCAUGGACAACGAGAGGCGACCACAUUUCCCUCAGUUUUCCUACUCUGCAAGCGGACGAGAAUAA